AUGGCUUUGCCCGCUAGCGCUUACAGUGUCUCUCAAGACACCCGGAUGCCCAAGUGCUCACCACGUCCCACAUCCGUUCGGGCAUCUCCCGCGUUCAGCUACGAUUUACCUACACCCAACAAUUCCGUCAUACACCGUUACGGGCAGCGCACACCAACAGCGGGCGAACUCCUCGUACUACGCGAAGAACUAGAGGAGCAAUUUAGGGACAUGCCUGACAUGGAGCUAUUGGUUUACCUAUUCGAUUCCGUGUUAUCGUGCCACUCAGAGUGGGGUUGGCGCGGUCGUUUCAUUCGCCAGUUCUUUUAUGACCUAUUCUACGAAAUGCGUCGCCUAGGCUACUCCGAGUACGAAUUGCUACGCUCUCUAUUCCUGGCGCCCUGA